CCCGGCCUGAAAGUCAUCAGCACCAUGUCCGUGGGGUUCGACCACCUCGCCCUGGAGGAAAUUAAGAAGCGAGGGAUCCGUGUGGGGUACACCCCCGAUGUCCUGACCGACGCCACUGCAGAACUGUCUGUAGCUUUACUUCUGGCUACGUGCCGCCGGCUGCAGGUAAAGAAUGGUGGCUGGACAACGUGGAAGCCCUUAUGGAUGUGUGGCUAUGGUCUGUCUGAUAGUACGGUGGGCAUCAUAGGUCUGGGGAGAAUAGGACAGGCAGUUGCCCGCCGCCUAAAGCCAUUUGGGGUCAAGAAGUUUUUGUACACUGGCAGUCACCCGAAACCAGAGAGUGCUGCAGAGUUUGAAGCUGAGUUUGUCCCCCUCAUGAAGCUGGCCGAAGAGUCCGACUUCAUUGUGGUGACAUGUGCUUUGACUCCGGCCACCCAGGGAAUGUGCAACAAGGACUUCUUCAGCAGAAUGAAGAAGACCUCUGUGUUCAUCAACACAAGCAGGGGGGCCGUGGUGAACCAGGAGGACCUGUACGAUGCACUGGCCCAUGGCCAGAUCGCAGCAGCGGGCCUGGACGUCACAACGCCAGAGCCGCUGCCCCCUGACCACCCCCUGCUCUCCCUCAAGAACUGCG